GUAAGUUUGUGCGAACAAAACCAAAUUUCCAUUCUAUUUUCACGGGAAUCGUUUGCGUUGAGCGUAUUGCACACGAGGCAGCGGCAAUAAUCCGGCCUAACCAGUUCCGUUGUUGCCGGAAAAUUCACCAUUUCAGACACACGAUCUCACGAUGGGUAUGAUGGAAAGCCUCGGUCUUAGCGGGCUCGCUGGUGGCGUCCAGCGGAUGGACAAGCGACAGUUUCUGUUUCAAAUGCUGAGUUUCGGCAUGAUCGUCUCGUCGGCGCUGAUGAUCUGGAAGGGUCUGAUGGUCGUCACCGGCAGCGAGUCCCCGAUUGUUGUGGUGCUGAGCGGUAGCAUGGAACCGGCUUUCCAUCGUGGCGACUUGCUGUUUCUCACGAAUCAGGAUGAACCGGUGCGAGUAGGAGAAAUUGUGGUGUUCAAAAUCGAAGGACGUGAUAUUCCGAUCGUCCACCGGGUCAUCAAGCUGCACGAGAAGAGUAACGGAACGGUCAAGUUCUUGACGAAGGGCGAUAACAACUCCGUCGAUGACCGAGGCCUGUACGCACCCGGUCAGCUGUGGCUCACGAAAAAGGAUAUUGUGGGCCGAGCGAGAGGCUUUCUGCCAUAUGUUGGCAUGAUCACGAUCUACAUGAACGAGUAUCCUAAGCUAAAGUUUGGCAUUCUUGGGUUGCUGGCGCUUUAUGUACUGCUGCACAGGGAGUGAGCCGAACCGGAGGAUGUUUUCUCGCCUCUGUCGACGGCAUUUCCUUUUUCGUACUAAACGUUUCGUGGUUUAUCGUUCCACCAACUGCAAGAAUCUGCCUGUGGGACGCUCGUCAGACGGCACUGUUCGCGACUUCUGUUGCCUGUAUUCAAUUCCGGGGCGUACAUGAAACACAAAUUAAAAGGUAAAGAAUAAAAGUGGAAAACAUGACUUAACAAGCA